UGAAAGCCUUGAUGGUUGUACACUUCUCCUCCAGGUGACCGAGGUGUGUGGAGCGAAGCGUCUGGGUUACUUCGGCACGCCUCAGUUCUUCGUGGCGCUGAAGCUGCUCGCCGCCGCCCAGUCCGGUCUGCCCGUCCACCUGGAGAGUGUCACGGCCAAUCUCCCGCUGCCCAGAUUUGUUGGACUGAAGACUGAACCGGAGAUGAGAUACUCCGCCGUCCCCCCCGCUGCAGACGCUCAGUGUGCACCAGGCUCCGUGUCCCGGACUCCAGCAGACCGGAGCUUCAGACACCUGGAGGCCAACGUGGACAAGAAGGAGUCCUGGUCUCCUCCACCAUCACCGUGCAGUUCACCGCCUCGCUCCCCGCUCACAUACCGGGGCUACUCGUACAGCAAGCAGAGGAACGGGGCGGACGCUCAGACCGCUCACGAGAGCAAAGCUUCGUCCCGGCCGAGCGUUCAGCUGGAGCGGCUCUCGUCUCCCGGCGGCCCCUCGGUGGAGCCUCCUGCUCUGACCCGGGCCCCCUCCUCAGAGAGGCUGGAGCAGGAUCACUGUGACGAUGACCCCUGGAGGAUCACAGAGGAACAGCUGGAGUAUUACACCAACCAGUUCAGGGGUCUGCAGCCCAACCUGGGGUCUCUCAUCCUGGGAACCAUCGCAAAAAACUUCUUCACAAAAUCCAAGCUGCCGAUCCCAGAACUGUCGCACAUCUGGGAGCUGAGCGACGUGGACAGAGAUGGCGCUCUCACCUUCUCUGAGUUCUGCACAGCCUUCCACCUGAUCGUGGCGCGUAAGAACGGUUACCCUCUGCCGGAGAGCCUCCCCCUGACCCUGCAGACGGGCUUCACGCAGCAGGACGUACCGGACACUCCUGGAAGUGCAGAGCCUCUGAUCGUGUUCGAGGAAGCUGAGCUGAGUCAGAAGGAUCGCAGUGUUCCAGAGAGCCUCGCCACAACACAAGAUCUGAAGGAGGAACAACCAGGUGUGUGUGUGAAGAGGGCGACUCAGGAGAAGCGGACUCUGCAGCUGGGUGCGUUCCCUGAGAGGCCAGAGCCGCCUCACGACCUGGACCCACACAUGAGGACAAAAACUAGACCCAGAUCCUACUCCAGCACUUCUAUUGAAGAUGCCAUGAAGAAAGCAGAGGAGCCCCCCACGCCUCCACCUCGACCCCAGAGAAACCACUCCAGAGCCUCGUCGCUCGACCUCAACAAGCUAUUCCAGCAGGGCGCUCCAGGUAUAAAGAGUGGGUGGCUGCCUCUACCUCCAGCGCUCCCUCCUCGACCACCAGCCUCACAGGUUCCUCAUUUUAUCAACGUUCCUGAGAAAACUGUGCAGCAGCCGAACUUUGCAGACUUCAGUCACUUCAGAGAGGAGGAGGAGAGCAGUGUGAAGCCUGAGGAACGAGGUCCACGCUCCAGAUUUGGCCCAAAUACUGAAGACCUGACGAAUGCUUCUAAACAGGACGCGAUCGGAGUUUCUCACAGUCAGGCUCCACAGAAGCCGGUCCGCAGGAAAUAUCACCCAGACAGCCAGAACCUGGAGGCCGUACCUCCGCCUGCCGUGUCGUUUGCCACCACGACCAAACCUGCUCCAAAGCCGUCAUCCAAACAGAAGCGGGAGAUCCAGGUGGCGAUCCGUAAAAACAAGGAAACCAACGCGGUGUUGACGCGGCUCAACAGCGAGCUCCAACAGCAACUGAAGGUGGUUCACCAGGACAGAGUCACCCUGGAGUCCCAGCUGGAGCUGCUGCGCCCGGCCGCCUCCACGUGACUCAAUGUUUGAGCAGAAAGUUGUUCUCUCGUCACGGAUGCAGAAUAAAUGUGAAAGAGUUGAUGACAGGGACGAACAGGGAAGUGUUCCAAAUGUUUUAAUGAUCAUAACAUGCAUUUUUAUUUUCUCUGUAUGAUAUGCACAUGUAAGAUGUCCUGUCCUUCUAACUUAUUCUCCUGCUUUAAUUGGCUGUCUGUCCCAUGAGCUUCUCUUAACAGUAGCAGCUGUGCACAUGCUGCAUGACUCAGACACGUGUGUGUGACAUGUUUGGAUGCUGCUGCAGGUUCAUCUUUCAAUCUCAUUAAAUUUUGCACUGAAAGUAAAUUUUAAAAAGCACAUUUACAAAGUUGUUAAUGUUUCUCACUGCACACGAGUCUGAAGAAUGUGGACUGUACUUGAGAAUCCGUCUUUAAUGUGAGCACUGUCUGAUUCUUUUAGCCCCUCUGGUGUUUGUUAUCAUAUGAAGAGUUAUUUCUGCAAGUUUGGAAAAGAAAGAUUUUGAAGACCAUAACAAAGUGUAAUCAGUCCAAUAAAAAAAGUAAAAAGCAAAAUGUUCCUCGAAUGUUCUGCAAGAUAGAUUUCAAAAGUGUGCUGUGGUUUUGAUUCUAUGCAAAGACGUGCUGCUGCUUGGACCUUCAGGAGCCGACGCUCCUCGUGCAUGUUGGUCACAUCUUCACUGAGCUCUGGGCUGAAGACUAACCAAUAAAGUUGUCUAUUUUUA